AGCGGCUCCGCCUUCCCUCCGCCAGUCGCAGAGCUUGCCGCUGCCUCUCCAGCUCCUGCCUGUAACCCGAGCUCGCUGUCGGCCGCGUUCCUGUUUCUUCAUGGAGGAUUAUCACAAGCCCGAUCAGCAGACGCUGCAGGCCCUGAAGGACACGGCUAAUCGCCUUCGCAUCAACUCCAUCAAGGCCACCACGGCGGCCGGCUCCGGCCAUCCCACAUCAUGUUGCAGUGCUGCCGAAAUUAUGUCUGUACUGUUUUUUCACACUAUGAGAUAUAAACCACAAGACCCCAGACAUCCCAGCAAUGACCGAUUUGUUCUUUCCAAGGGUCACGCAGCACCAAUCUUGUAUGCUGUCUGGGCUGAGGCAGGCUUCGUUCAGGAAUCGGAGUUGCUGAAACUGAGAAAAAUUGAUUCCAUUUUGGAAGGUCAUCCUGUGCCUAAACAAGCUUUCACUGAUGUGGCUACUGGAUCACUUGGCCAAGGAUUGGGUGCUGCGUGUGGUAUGGCUUAUACUGGGAAAUACUUCGACAAAGCCAGCUAUCGAGUGUAUUGUAUACUUGGAGAUGGGGAGAUAUCUGAAGGCUCAGUUUGGGAAGCAAUGGCCUUUGCUGGAUUCUACAAACUGGAUAAUUUGACUGCUAUUCUUGACAUUAACCGGUUGGGACAAAGUGAUCCUGCUCCUUUGCAGCAUAAUGUAGAAGCUUACCAGAAACGUUGUGAAUCCUUUGGCUGGCAUGCUAUCAUUGUUGAUGGGCACAGUGUGGAGGAACUGUGCAAAGCUUUUGGUCAGACGAAACACCAGCCAACUGCAAUUAUUGCCAAGACCUUCAAAGGCAAAGGAAUAACAGGGGUUGAAGAUAAGGAAAACUGGCAUGGCAAACCUCUUCCGAAAGAUAUGGCUGAGCAAAUCAUUGAGGAGAUCAGUGACAAAAUCCAGAACAAGAAAAAGCUUUCUCAAACACUUCCACAAGAGGAUGCCCCAGCAGUUAACAUUAAAGAUGUCAAGAUGCCAUCUCCACCAAACUACAAGACAGGAGAUAAGUUUGCAACCCGCAAAGCUUAUGGUGUGGCUCUUGCAAAACUAGGCCAUGCCUGUAACCGUGUGGUUGUUUUGGAUGGGGACACCAAGAAUUCUACUUUCUCUGACCUGUUCAGAAAGGAACAUCCCAGCCGUUUCAUUGAAUGCUACAUUGCUGAACAAAACAUGGUGAGUGUUGCGGUUGGUUGUGCCACCCGUGACAGAAACAUUGUCUUUGCUAGCACCUUUGCCACAUUUUUCACCAGGGCGUAUGAUCAGAUUCGUAUGGCAGCCAUUUCUGAGAGCAACAUUAAUCUCUGUGGAUCUCACUGUGGUGUAUCCAUUGGUGAAGAUGGGCCUUCACAGAUGGGCCUUGAGGAUCUAUCCAUGUUCCGAGCCAUUCCUAAUUCAACUGUAUUUUAUCCUAGUGAUGCUGUAGCCACUGAAAAGGCAGUAGAAUUGGCUGCAAAUACGAAGGGCAUAUGCUUCAUAAGAACUAGUCGUCCAGAAAACACUGUGAUUUAUGACAGUGGUGAGGACUUCCAGGUUGGGCAAGCCAAGGUGGUGUUCAAGAGUAAGGAGGACCAGGUUACUGUCAUUGGGGCAGGAGUGACUCUGCAUGAAGCACUAGCUGCAGCUGAACAACUAAAAAAAGAAAAAGUUUUUAUCAGAGUGAUCGACCCAUUCACUAUAAAACCUCUGGAUUCAAAAACGAUACUUGAAAAUACAAGAGAAACAAAAGGCAGAAUUAUCACUGUGGAAGACCAUUACCCUGAAGGUGGCAUUGGAGAAGCUGUAUCUGCAGCUUUGGCUGGAGAACCAGGGAUCACGGUCCGUCGCUUGGCUGUCCUUCACAUACCGAGAAGCGGGAAGCCAAACGAACUGCUUAAGUUGUUUGGCAUCGAUAAGGAUGCCAUCCUCCAGGCAGUGAAGGAGAUGGUGUCCAAAUCAAAGAAUGCUAAGUAAUUUCAACCUGAUGUGUGUUGUAUUAUGACUGGAACUUUGGCAGAUUUUUUUUUAAAAGAAUACUGUAACAUUUGAGUACAUGUUUAAAACUAUAUGCAAAGAGUUCUAAUAAAAGUAAACAUUUCUGAAGAAAGUUGUGUGAUUGUCUUGUCAAAAAGAAAUUUGCAUUAGAGUGCUGGAAUUGUUUGGAAACCUGCAUGCUGUAUAACCAGCAGCAUAAGAUGUGAAACGUUAUCUUCAACCUCCUAGAAUAUUAAAUUACUGCACUUUGAUGGUAUUGUCAAAUA